GAUUGACUCAUUAAGUACCUACUAAGUAACUUCUUGGAAUCUUGGUACAAAUUCAAAACACUUCCAGUACAAGGAAGGCAUUUAAACUCAUAUCUACUUGGCAAGUAGUUAUUGUUACUAGGUACGUACCUACUGGUACCUAGGAUCGCAGAUUUAUAGUUAUUGCCCAAGUACUAGAAUCUAGAUAUUCACCUUUUAAGUGCAGUAUUUAUCCUGGUUAAAGUGCAUUUAUAAAUGAUUUUAGUGGUUAUUUAUUUGAUAAAUUAAACUACUUUUUAAAAUGGCGAACAGGCGAAGGCGAAACAAGGCUAAAAAGGGUGAAGGGCUGACACCGUACCAAGGCAAAAGACGGUCCUUCGGCGAGUUCAAAUGCCCACAGUGCCAACGGCGGUGGAUGAGUGCCAACUCGUGGGCCAACAGUGGGCAAGACUGCAGCAAAUGUAAGAUCAACGUGUAUCCUCAUAGACAGAUGCGGCUGGAUAACCCUGGCGGAUUGGAUAAGAGUGACCCGACCAAGAGGCAUCCGAGGGAGCUUUGCCAGAGGUGUCGCGAAAUUGGUGACUUCUGUGGGAGGAGGGAAUGGACCGGGUUCUACGCCUUCUUCGCCUUCUGCGCCGUCUUCGCCUUCAUCGCCUUCUUUAUCUACUUUCCAUCUGCUCUUCCUUCACCGCACGCCGAGGCCUAAUACUUACGGACCCUGAAGCGGGAACCAGCCUACUACCUACGUUCAGGCCAGUGACUGUUUGUUAUAAGUUAUCUGACGGUGUAAGGCGAGUUUGAAAAAGUAUACGGUCUGAACCCUGAACUAUAACUUAAGAGUUUC